UGAGCAGCUCCCCUGUCACCACGUCAGUACCCAUCACAGAAGCGCACAGGAGCCUCUUUCUGCUGAAGGAUCCGGUAUCUCUCCACAAUCUUCAAGCAUCCAAGAUGGACGAUGAUGGGCGUUACCGAGAUGGCCGCUCAGACUUCAUCCGCGGUGCCAAAGACAUUGCCAAAGUUGCCAAGAAGCAGGUUGGCAAGAAGGUAGGACGCGGCGUGGACAAGAUGGCGGAUGAGUAUGUCAAGCGCUCUUACAAGCGCUUUGAAGAGGAAGAUGAUGACGAUGAUAAUGCAGGUGUGCCGGGCAACGAUGGGGGAUAUUAUCGGAAUGACAGCCGAGCCAAUGAUGAUGAAGGCCACAGUGACUCCACUGAAGGGCAUGAUGAGGAUGAUGAGAUUUAUGAGGGUGAAUACCAAGGCAUUCCGAGGGCCGACUCUGGAAAAACUGGUGGCAUGGACGGCAUGGCAGUCGCUGAGGCGCAGUUCAGGGACCUGUCGGCCUUUGAGGGUGAGGUGAGGAAGGAUCGGGAGGAGCUGGCCCAGCAGUACGAGACCAUCCUGCAGGAGUGCGGGCACGGGAAGUUCCAGUGGACCCUCUACUUUGUUCUGGGACUGGCCCUGAUGGCGGACGGUGUCGAGAUCUUCGUGGUUGGCUUCGUGCUGCCCAGCGCCGAGAAGGACAUGUGUCUUUCUGAGCCAAACAAAGGCAUGCUGGGUUUGAUCGUGUACCUGGGGAUGAUGGUUGGAGCCUUCGUCUGGGGCGGCCUGGCUGAUCGGAUCGGUCGGAGACAGACCCUCCUCAUUUCGCUCUCUAUAAACAGUGUGUUCGCCUUCUUCUCAUCCUUCGUCCAGGGCUACAGCUCCUUCCUUUUCUGCCGUUUGGCCUCUGGCGUUGGUAUUGGUGGCUCCAUCCCGAUUGUGUUUUCUUAUUACUCUGAGUUCCUCGCCCAGGAGAAGCGUGGAGAGCACCUGAGCUGGCUCUGCAUGUUCUGGAUGAUCGGUGGUAUCUAUGCCUCUGCCAUGGCCUGGGCCAUUAUCCCACACUAUGGCUGGAGUUUUCAGAUGGGCUCGGCCUAUCAGUUCCACAGCUGGAGAGUCUUUGUGCUGGUGUGUGCCUUCCCAUCUGUGGCCGCCAUCUCUGCCCUCACGACCAUGCCUGAGAGCCCACGCUUCUACCUGGAGAACGGGAAGCAUGACGAAGCGUGGAUGAUUCUGAAGCAGGUCCAUGACACCAACAUGAGGGCCAAAGGUUACCCAGAAAGGGUCUUCUCUGUGACCACCAUUAAAACAGUGAAGCAGAUGGAUGAGCUGGUGAACAUGAGUGAGAGUGCUGCCUGGCAUGAGAAAUGGAGGCUAAAGAUCUCCUCAGUUUUCCAUCAGGUGUGGAAGAAUUUCCUAACUGUUUUCUCCCCCGAGUACCGCCGCACCACCUACAUGAUGAUGGCUGUGUGGUUCUCCAUGUCCUUCAGCUACUACGGCCUGACAGUGUGGUUUCCUGACAUGAUUAAGUACCUGCAAAAACAGGAGUACGCCUCGCGCACCAAGGUUUUUGUCAAGGAGAAAGUAGAACAUGUCACCUUUAACUUCACUCUGGAGAACCAGGUCCACCGUCAGGGGCAGUACUUCAAUGACAAGUUUAUGAAUAUGAAAAUGAGAUCUAUGGUGUUUGAAGAUUCGUGGUUUGAAGAGUGUUACUUUGAGGAUAUCACCUCCAGCAACACUUUUUUCAAGAACUGCACAUUUAUUGCCACCCUCUUUUACAACACCGAUCUUUUUAAAUACCGGCUGAUCAACUGUAAGCUCAUAAACAGCACUUUCCUGCACAACAAAGAAGGCUGCCUGCUUAGUGACAUCAGUGAUGAAAAUAAUGCCUACAUGGUCUACUUCGUCAGUUUCCUGGGCACCUUGGCAGUGUUGCCAGGUAACAUUGUGUCUGCGCUCCUCAUGGACAAGAUUGGACGUUUGAGGAUGCUUGCUGGUUCCAGCGUCAUCUCUUGCGUCAGCUGUUUCUUCCUGUCUUUCGGCAACAGUGAGUCAGCCAUGAUCGCUCUGCUCUGCCUGUUUGGUGGAAUCAGCAUCGCUUCCUGGAACUCCCUGGAUGUGCUGACCGUUGAGCUCUAUCCUUCUCACAAGAGAACCACAGCGUUUGGUUUCCUCAACGCUCUCUGUAAGUUAGCAGCCGUGCUGGGCAUCAGCAUCUUCACCUCCUUCGUUGGUAUAACCAAGGCCGUGCCCAUCCUGUUCGCCUCGGGGGCGCUGGCGGCGGGAAGCUUCCUGGCGCUCAAGCUACCAGAGACGCGGGGUCAGGUGCUGCAAUAGCGUGGCACGAGCAUCUCUGCAGAGGGCAGCAGAGUUUUAGCCACACUGUGGAGGAAACAGCUCAAAUGUCCAUCAGAUCCUGCCCUCUGACCCCACCCCACACUCACCUACAUCCACAGUAAAACGGUAAACUACAACAUGAAUUUGCUGAGGUGCAACAUUUGGCCAUGAGAGUGAUCCUCCCUUAGUGCUGUUGCUGCAUCCUCGUAAUUCCAGAAAAGAUUUAUUUAUGUUUGUUGAUGUUUACUAAAAUCUGGUGAAGAUGAAAAAACACAAAACCAACAUAGAUGUAACUUCAUUAAGUUUUGUCCCACGUGGUUUAAAACAUCCAGGGUUGGUCAGUGACUUCGAUAGUUAGCAACGCAGAGAGACUCAUAGAAACGACCACUAGCCAUCAUUGCAGAGUUGUCUGUAUUCACCUUCAUUCUUUUGAGCAACAUCAACUCACCUUUGAAGUUGUGAGUUUGUCAUCCUUGUUGGACAUCUGCUCAAAAAUGCAACAAUUCCUGCCUUGAUUGGAAGCAUUUUUGACUCUGCGGGGUAACACCAAGACAUUCCCGUCUUGGCCUUCCUUACUCUGUCUCUCCUGAGGUCUUGUGUUGGUGUCUAGACUUACUGCCAUUUUGUAGAUAAUAGAACAUUCCGGGUUUUCUUUAGUUAUUGUUACGAAUGGGAGGUUAAUCUCCCUCCCUUUAUGGCAUCACUUUUGAUCACACUAGAACAGGGAUAAGAUCGAGACGAGUUUUCUGUGUCUGUCCAUGUAAAGCACAACCAUUUGUCAUGAAACAUUUUCACCAGGCAAAUGUUUCAGAUCCUCCCAGUUAGACAUUAUUUCUGUCAAACUGUUUAUCCCUGUUUGAGAAUUGCCUUCUCCCCUCUCCUUUAAAAAUAUACAGGAUGUUUGUCUUUAAGAUGUUUCAGAGGGUGUUAUGCAUGUCACAAAGUAUGAAAUGUAUGUAAACUUGAAAAUCCAAACUAUAACAUGUAAACAGAAUUUUACUACAAAUAUCGUUCUCUAUCAAAUGUCUGUAGUAUUUUGACAGAACAUUGGUUCUUUAUUUCCUGAUACCUUUAACAAACCUUCCCAGGUGUUUUAGAGAACUCUGCACAAAACUUUGGUAAACUUGAAAUGUCUGGAAGAAAAUAUUGGAAGAUGUGGAGGAGUUACAAGAAGACUCAUUUUUAGGUUAUUUUGGUUUAGUCUUCUCUGAGAACUUGAUAUUCAUAUUUAUUUCUUCUUCAUUGGAAUUGGAAUAUUGAACAUUGAUGCAAUAUUGAGAAACUGUUGUUUUUUUUUUAAGGGUGGAACAUUUUGCUAAUCCAUGAUUCGGUUCAGUUUGGUUUGGUUCGCUCUCCAUAAAUACCAUACACCAGCUUAAAGAAACUGUUUCCUUCAUCUUAAAAGACAGUGCUUGUGCCAUAUGUAAGACCUUUGGUAGAUGUUCACUUCACCAACAUUUAUAUUCUGUUUGGUGUUUUCACCAACUCCUUCACAAUUCCUUAUAUAUUUUUUUCAUAAACUUCAUAUAUUAUCAGGCUUCUGAAAUGUAAGAUGGAGUGAAGCCAGUUUAUACUUUAGUCAUGUCUUUGAAUCCCACAUCCUCCAUAUUGGCAUAAGCCGCCUAUCUUUAGCUUAACUCCUAAUGAUUUAUCCAACAUUUUUACCUAGAGGCUGUUUAAAAGCUGCAUACAUGCUAUGCAUCAAUUUAUCAUGACAACCUACCAUAUGGGAUACGGUAGCUCGAAUAGGAUAACUGAGAUGUCAUUUCCUGAAAUGAUCUAAAUCCACCCAGCAUACCAAACAAUGUUUCUGCUGGUACCAUCUAACUCUGAGUAUGGCUGCUGCUCUCUGCAGCUUCAAGAUGUUGAUGCUCCUUUUUGUUGCUAAUACGCAGAAUCGAACAGUACUCACAUGUCCUGAACUGUAACUUGUUUUCAAAGAUUUCCUUCAAAACCGUUAACCAAUGCAGGAUAACAUGCUUAGUCUGCAUUUUAUGAAAGAUAAUAUAUCAUAUUCAUAUUGCAACACCAAUAGGGUUAUAUCUUUAAACAGUUUUUAAUAAUUUAGGGUUUACAGGCAGAAUUUUUAACAACUCUAAGGAUUUAUUCUGCUAAUUGGGAUAUUAAUUUAAUGUGGCUUUAUCAAUGGCUUUAGCAUAUGAAGGUAGCAAAAUAUUCAAUUACACUUAUCAGAAAAAACUUGCUGCCCAGCAGCAAUUAUUAUAAACCAUGUACAAGAAACAGCUCUCUGCAUUCCCACAUACCCUCUGAUCAUAAAAAACUUAGAUUAUUAUGUUCACAGUUGCUUGGAAAUAAAAGAAAAGCAAUCAUGCUUGACAUGAUUGCUUUUCUUUUAUUUUCAAGCAACCAUUUCCUCUUGUCCAAACUGCCAUUUUGUAGGAUAGUAGCCAUAUGUAGUUUCAAGACCAUUGAAUAUAUAGCCAAACCACUGCACUAAAUGUGCAAUGUGCACAAGUUUGAGAGCCUUGACUUGUUUGACACCCACCCUGAUGCCCGUUUUGUUGAAAAAUAAAUGAAGAACCAGGGGAACAUUUACUGAAAGCACAACCAUAAUCUACCAAAUUAUGAUUUUGUGAACGUGAGUACAGUAGUGAACAUGCUGAGGGUUUACACAGUCCUGCACAAGUAAAAUGACCCCUCGUUUUUUUAUUUUAUUGUCUGCUGAUGUUGAUUUAUCACCUGAUCCAUUGUCUAUUCGUGUGCCAUUAGUACCACCUCUCAUGAAUUAUUGCCAAAUAUUUUCAGUGGCCUGAGUUUACAUGUUAUAACAUAAGAUCUGCUAUAGAUCUAAAUAUAUAUGUAAAUAAAUUUAACUAUAAUAGAACUAAUAGGAUUUUCAAGUGAUUUGCCCCCAUGAUCUUCACAUUACUGAAGUCAUUUUUCUCUGUUGAGCAUGUAGAGCAGGAACACUUACUUUCUCUCUGAAACUGAUCCAAAAUGUGCAGUUUGACAGUUCAGGUACCCCAGUGAUUAAGCUCCGACUUGCAAAAACCUCAGCAGCCAAAACAGUUAGCUGUUACAUUGCAAAAUGUCCAGCAUACCAUCUCAGAAGCAUACUGAUAGAAACUAAAUAAACACAAAAACUAUACAAGCAAGAAACAAAUUCUCUGCAAACUGCCCUAUGUCACACAUGAAUUCAGGAACAUCAAAGACAAGAUAACUCUAUUUAGUAGAGAAUGCUGUUAAAAUGCUAAUAUGACAGUUCAAGCUCCAAAUCAAAGGCGUCUCUCAUACAUAUCUACGCCUAUGUUACAGGGUGUUUUUGUAUAAUUACCUUGUUGGCUGGGCAACAGUCAAUUAUGAGUGCAAAAAGUUAACAAAGCAAUAAGUGUUUGGGUGUUUGUCUCUUACAUGGUUGUUGGAAAUUGAAGCGCACUACUACAUGCCUGUCAUUUCCACUGAAGGGAUUGUUCAGCCUAACUGAAGUGAGGCUGUGUAGUGCAUGGCCGAGCUAUUAGUAUCUUACCUGUAGUAGACAACUGUCAGAGGGAUCUCAACUUAAGUAUUGGGUACUUUGAGCAGGAAUGAUUAAAGAGACAAUUUACACCAUCUAAAAUAAAUGUAAUAUAAAAUAUAAACUUUGGCUUUUUUAGAUGGAGACAAUUAACUCUUCAACAGUUCCGCUUUUUUGAAGUUCUUAGCUUAACCUCGAGAGAUUUCCUCCCUGAUCCUUUAAUCUGAGAUCACUCUGACUGCUGUCUUUUUCAUGUAAGAAACUGACUGCUCAGAACUACUCUGCACACCUUCACAUCAAAAAUUAAUUAAUGAAGACAUGAAAUAUAAAACCUAACAUUUUUGUGUGACUCUCUAAAACCACUCUUGGUCUUGAAGCUUCUGUCAAUAAAACUGCAUCACCAUAAAUUAAAUGUAACAAAGACUUAUCACCUUUGUCACUGUACUGUGCUGUAGAAAAUGUAGUUGAUUGUUUGUAAGUAUAGAAACUGUGGAAUCAAAUAUGAAAAACUGAUAAAAAAAAAGUGUAAAUGAACAAUGCUGUAUGUUGUCUUUGAUUUUGUGUAUUUUGUAAAUGAGGAUGAGAUAAUACACUAAGUAAAAUCAUCAAUGUCAAACAGCAGUUAUGGAUCUUAGUUAGAUUAAAAGUGGCAGAUGCAGUUUUGUUUAUUUGUUUAGAGGUGUGUGAGAUUUCUCCAUGUUGAUUUGUGAUCAGGAUUGCAUUUGCUGCGACCUUUUGGAACUAUGACAAAAAUUUAUGAAAACAAUGAAUAAUAAACAAGUGGAAAAGAUUGA